UUGACACAGAAGAAUACUUCACACCGACUGACGUGGUAUGCUGAGAGUGGACGAUUGACGAAUCGGCCACACCGUGGCCAGUUCCGCGUAAAUGGAUUUCGGUUGGUGAAGUUUCGACCGUCUCUCAAACUUUUAUAACGAGUUUCUCGCUAUUCCCGACGGCAAGUUCGCUUGAUUUUUGGAAAAAUGGUAUUGUUAAUGAUGAUCGCGAGGAUACAAGAUGGUUUGCCAUUAGCGGCAACCGUGCAAGAAGACGAACAGGUUAGAAAUCUUGGAAGAAGCAUCUUAGAGUAUCAGAAUCAAGCAAAGAUGUUAUUUAGAAAGUUAGGUCCUCAAUCUCCAGAUAGAUGUACUAUAGAAACAGGUCCAUAUUUAUUCCAUUACCUAAUUGAAAAUGAUGUAUGUUACUUGGUACUAUGUGAAAAAAAUUAUAGUAAACGUGUGGCUUAUAGUUAUCUUGAAGACAUUGCACAAGAAUUUCAUUCUGUAUAUGGUAAACGCGUCAAUUCAGUUACCAGGCCUUAUAGUUUUAUCGAAUUCAAUACGUAUAUUCAAAAGGCAAACAAAAUUUUCUUAGAUGGUAGGUCAAGAAGAAACAUGAAUGCACUUAAUAGUCAAUUACAGGAUGUGCAAAGAAUUAUGGUUCAAAAUAUUAAUGAUGUCUUGGAAAGGGGAACGGUUCUUUCAGAAUUGGAUUCAAAAACACAGAAUCUGUCCAUGUUGUCGCAGAAAUAUAAGAAAAAUGCAGCACACUUAAACAGUAAAUCGAUGUAUGUAAAAGCAGUGGCUGGACUGGUCGCAUUUUUGGUCUUCCUACUGUAUUUCUUCAUUCUUUAGUUAUUCGAUCUAUUUGACAAAUUUGUUAUCACUGUAUAAAAACCACCGAUGUUUUUAAUCAUUUUAUUUUUUCGAAAAUUAGUAACUAUAUUAUCUUUUACGACGGGUACACGAUGCGUUUAAAUUUUGAAUCUAAUUAAGAUUUAAAACGAUGUACAUAAGUUGCAUUCAGAGAAAAACUAGUCGCAACGAAUAUAAUAAUAUAUUGAUACCAGUUUCAGGACACUCUGUCGCAAAUAUAUUGCCAUGCAAUAAAUACAAAAUAUAAUUGUUUACAUGAUUAAUGUAAUGUACAACCAUCUGUUUCAGUUUAAUGAAAAACAAUGCUAACGAUUUUAUAAAAAUAAAAGACAAUAUGUACAGCCACAUUUAUAUCGAACCACCUCUAUUAUUUUAUUUUUAAACAGUGAAAAAUCAGUAUCACUAUCUCAUUCCUACUUUAGGCUGUAUUAGGUUUAUUAUAUAUACAUAUAUAUAUAUAUAUAUUUUUUUGUAUGGGGUCGCGAAUUUAUGAAAUUCUACACGACCUAUGAUUAAAAUAAAUUAUUAAAUUAUAUUUAUUCUUGUGAGCUUAGGAUUCUCUGAA